AUGGGAUUGUUGUUCAGCAAUCCCACACGGUCCAACGGGCAUACAGUCCCUAGCACCAUCAUUAGAAACAUCACUGCGCUCUCGAGUCAGUUGGCAUAUUCAGAGACCAUUCUAGGCAACAUCACCACACUCUCCACCAAUGCUGUCCCAACAACACAAGGGACUAUCCAAGGUCUAGUUUAUGUGCCAGAUCUUCUCUCUCACGAUGUAUGCUUUGAAUUAUCAAAGCAAUACGUCCCAGAAAAUGCCACAAGGCAAGCCGACCUUCCACCCACCGACUACAUCCUUAUCGCCCUAGUACCAUGGAUCACUUCAAGUUGCACCAAAUCGUUCAUGAAGGCCGCAUCUAUGGACCCUCUGCACGCCAUGCUUGUGUACCGCCCGGAUGAUGAGGAUGGCCAACCACCUGAUGCUGAUUCAGAUAUGUGGUAUAUAGAUGGUGCAAUGAACUGGAAGCAGUCAAAUCAUUUUCCUGUCUAUGCUAUGUCUAGCAGUUCAGGACAACGCAUGAUGCAGCAGUUAAAUCUGUAUUCCGGAAGUCUCUCGGAGGUUCCUUUUGCCGCUCAGAUCAAUGAGACAUAUUCACCAAAUCCUGCAGAUUAUGUGCGGAUUUGGACGCAGCUGACUGUGGCCCCCGAACGUUCACUGCUGGCUAUUUGGGCCUUGGUAUUGAUCAUUCUUGGCGUUAUCGUCACUGUUAUUGGUGGGACCUCAUUUCUCAUGCACUAUGUUCAGAGUCGCCGAAGGUCUUCUCUUCGCCGUCGUGUCAUGGAUGGCGAAGUAAACCUUGAAGCUUUGGGCAUCAAACGACUUACUGUGCCUCUGACCCACAUCCAGACUCACCCUUUGUUCACCUACAACUAUGAUCCUCCCGUAUCUUCACCGAAUCCACGCAGAUCUCUUCAGUCCCCUACUAAGGCGUCUUUCGACUCUGCUUCCCCAUCCUCCAGCUACAAGCGAGGGAAGCAGAGUGACAGGCUCGACUACCAACCUACUUGUCUAAUCUGUUUGGAGUCUUUUGAAUCUAAGGUCACCAUCAUUCGUGAGCUAUCUUGUGGCCAUAUCUUCCACCCUGAAUGCAUUGAUGAAUUUUUGAGUGAGAUGAGCUCUCUAUGCCCCCUUUGCAAAGCGUCAAUGUACCCUCGAGGACACUGUCCUCCGAUUACGAACUCGAUGGUUCGAAGAGAGCUGGGCACGAGAAAGUUGAGGUCACAGCGGCCCUUUCGACCUGGUGUUCACAAUUGGUGGCACCAGUUAUCAAGUCGGCAAGGCCCCGACGAUCCAUCUUUACGGGGAUUAUCCGUUUCAACGGAACCCAGUACCUCGAUUCAGUUACAGAAGCAGCCCAGCCCUUCCGGUCCCACGAGAGAACGUAUGCGAGAGCUGAUCACGCCUAUUGAUGAAACGAACAGCGAUGAUGGGCGUCCUCAAUGGCAGCGUGCUGCACGGUCGGUAUUUCCCGGCUUUACUUGA